AUGGAGACUCUGACUACCAAAAAAGGAUUAACUUCCGAUUUUUCUGGAGACAUUGAAUCUCAGCAGCCCGGUGGUUUGUGGAGACCGUGGACUGGAACAGAGAACAAAAGUGCCGCACACAAGGCUCGCCAUGUUCACGGAGACCUUUCAGCUGCACAACACCCCAAAAUCCCUCAGGUCAUUCACCCAGUCAAGUUAUACUGGCCGAAAUCCAGAUGUUUCGAUUAUCUGUACCAGGACGCAGAAAUGCUGCUGCGCAACUAUCCUAUCCAAGCGACCAUCUGCCCUUACGAAGACUCCAGCAGCGAUGAAGACAGCGAUGAUGAAGAGGAGGACACAGAGAAGGAGCUGAACUAA